AUGGGAGCCAAUAGCGAUCCCAACCAAGAUGGAUCAGACGAGCAACAGAGACGUUCUGAGAUCUACACGUAUGAGGCGCCAUGGCAUAUCUACGCGAUGAACUGGAGCGUUCGCCGUGACAAGAAGUAUCGUCUUGCCAUCGCCAGCCUUCUUGAACAGUAUCCAAAUCGUGUUGAAAUUGUCCAGCUCGAUGAUUCCAACGGAGAGAUUCGAUCCGACCCCACGCUCUCAUUCGAACACCCAUACCCGCCUACCAAGGUCAUCUUCAUCCCUGACAAGGAGUGCCAGAAGCCUGACCUCCUCGCCACUUCCAGCGAUUUCCUCCGCAUUUGGCGAAUCUCCGAAGACGACGAUGGCGGCGAAGACGACAAUACUCACAAUGGCACUGGCAACUCUCGUCGGGUGGAGAUGAAGAGUCUGCUCAACAACAAUCGCAACAGCGAAUUCUGUGGUCCGGUGACGUCCUUUGAUUGGAACGAGGCGGAGCCCAAGCGUAUAGGAACAUCCAGUAUCGAUACUACCUGUACGAUUUGGGAUAUUGAGAGGGAGACCGUCGACACGCAGCUCAUCGCUCACGAUAAGGAGGUUUACGACAUCGCAUGGGGCGGCGUCGGUGUUUUUGCAUCCGUCUCCGCCGAUGGUUCCGUGCGAGUAUUCGAUCUCCGAGAUAAGGAGCAUUCUACGAUCAUAUAUGAGAGCUCCGAGCCUGACACACCGCUUGUACGUCUUGGCUGGAACAAGCAGGACCCUAGGUACAUGGCCACCAUUAUAAUGGACAGCGCCAAGGUGGUUGUUCUCGACAUUCGUUUUCCAACACUUCCGGUGGUGGAACUGCAAAGGCACCAGGCCAGCGUCAACGCCAUUGCCUGGGCUCCACACAGCUCCUGCCAUAUCUGUACCGCCGGUGAUGAUUCUCAGGCUCUCAUCUGGGAUCUCUCUUCCAUGGGUCAACCUGUUGAAGGUGGAUUGGAUCCCAUUUUGGCUUACACUGCUGGUGCUGAAAUAGAACAGUUGCAGUGGUCAUCUUCUCAACCUGAUUGGGUUGCCAUUGCUUUUGCAUCCAAGCUUCAGAUUCUGAGGGUAUGA